AUGACGAAUCACUGCUUCUCGUCACGCUUCCGAGGUGGCGGCCCCUUCCUCGCCGCUCGCGCCUUGCGGGGGCAGGCAAGGAAAAAUCCCAAGCGAUGUGCUGUUGCAAAGUGGCUUGGCUGGAGGAGCACUGGCCAUGCGGGGAAGGUGCCAAGGGGCCGGCUGGGCUCCCGGGUGGCAGCAAAGCCCCCAGGUGGGAGAAGCCGGCAGCUGGAGCCGGGAACCAGGAACCAGGAGUUGGAUCUGGGGUGGGAGGUGCUGGACAGGGUGGGCACCAACGGAGUCAUCUCCACGCAAGAUUUCCCCAGAGAGACCCAGUAUGUGGACGACGAUUUCCCCACGGACUUCCCGGCCAUCGCUCCCUUCCUGGCCGACCUCGACACCACGGGCAGCAGAGGGAACAUCUACUACCGGCAGGACGACUCUUCGGACGUGCUGGACCGGGCAGCCGGCUACAUCCGCGCCGGCUUCCCCGAGGCCGCCGCGUCCUUCGCGCCCACCAACGCGUUCCUCGCCACCUGGGAGGACGUGGGUGCCUACGAGGAGCUCUCGCCGGGCAUGGAGCCCUCCAAGAAGCUCAACACGUUCCAGGCUGUGGUGGCCUACGACGCAGUGGACGCCUACGCCAUCUUCCUCUACCCCGACGACGGCCUCCAGUUCUUUGGGACCCGGCCCAAAGAGUCCUACAACGUCCACCUGGAGCUGCCGGCCAGGGUGGGCUUCAGCCGCGGCGACGGUGAUGACCCCAAGAGGGAUGGACUCUUCUACAGCGUGGCCAGCAGUGAGCGGGCCUUGAAGCACCUCUACCAGGCGAGCAACGUGAUGGUGCCCGGCGUGUGGGUCUUCCACAUCGGCAGCGCGUCCCCGCUGGCCAACGUGGUGCCAGGCCUCCUGGAGAUCCCCGAGGAGCAGGAGGGCAGCCUGGACCCCGACGCCCCGCGGAGCCUCCCGGCCAACCCGACCUCGUACCGCUACGGGCAGCACGGCGUGCGCGUGGAGGAGGACGUCAGCUUCAACACGGAUGUGUGA